AUGUCUACCAACGAAUCUAGUGCCGUGCCCCCUGAGGCACUCACCCACAACCCCGUGUUAACCAAGUCCGAGGAGCCAACCAUCUCCCCUACGACCCCCGAUGAAUCUGGUGCAGCUCCCUCCGAGGUCAGAGUCACCCUCAUGACCCGCGAGGUGGAUAAUCUGCAUAUCCCCGCUGAUGACGACCACGACCAUCGCCCCGAGGCUACCGAGAACGAGAAAAUUAUCUCCUUCGAUGCCCCCAAGCUCCCUGACACUGAGCUCUCCGAGGAGGCCACCGUCGCCCCUGUGCCAGAAGAGACCGAAAAGACAACCAUGCCCGGUACCUUCCCGGUCGACUCUACCUCUGUGCCUCCCGAGGUCCCAGCCUCCCCUGUGGCGCAAGAGUUCGACCAGCCAACAACACCUCCCGUUGAUUCCGCCAACUCUACUGCCACCGACCUCCCUGCCGGAUGGACGAUGCACCCCGUGACACUUGCAUCCGACGAGCGGAGACUGCAGGUGGUGACAAAUAUCGGCGAGUGCGAUCUCGCUAUGUAUCUGACUGAUGACAUUUCCCUACCUCCUGAUACUCGCAUUAUCAGGGUCCAGUGGGCCUGGCUUCCAGAACCAGAUUGGGAGGAGGAGUGUCUGCGGAGUUUGAUUCGUACAUUUAAGAAGCUCCGCAACGCGUUCCCGGAUCUCGAGCCUAUUUAUGGGAUGAUCUGCGAUCGGGGUAAGGGUUAUAGGCUGUUUUGUGAGAUGGUCAUGACGGGGGUGCCGGAUGGAUCCGCAGCAAUUACCCCUGUGGACAAGGUCUCGUCCGACAGUGCUCCCACUGGUGCUUCCAUGGAUAAUCCCCCCGCAGAUAAACGAGUUACGGUCGGGCAGUUUGCGUACAAUGGGAGAAUGAUCUUCGACGAGGAUGACGACGAGGAGAUCAUGGAGCAGUGGUGUGCUGCAGUCCCGCGCAAUGAGUAUAAGGGAGAGUUGGAGUCGGGGGUUGUGUGCAGACCAGUGGGAGAAGAGCUGAAUUUGGAUGAGGAAACCGUAGUUGAGGAGUCUUAUUAG